UUAAAUUCUCCAUUUAUUUUCAUAUCACACAUUCACAGUUUCUUAUCAUUUGCGCGGUGGAGCUGUCCAACUCAAAUCUGAUAUAGCUUCUCAUUUUGGAUGAAUUUCUCUCAUUAGCUUUUUCCAGAAUAUAAUCGAGCUUUGAACUUGAAGAUGGGCGCGGAAAAGAAUUUCGUUGACACGGAGGAGGGAAAUCUGGAGAUCGGAAUGGAGUAUAGAACCGUGUCUGGUGUUGCUGGACCAUUGGUCAUUCUUGACAAAGUUAAGGGUCCGAAGUUUCAGGAGAUUGUCAAUAUUCGUUUAGGUGAUGGAACAACUCGACGAGGUCAAGUUUUGGAAGUUGAUGGAGAGAAAGCAGUUGUGCAGGUUUUUGAAGGAACUUCUGGAAUUGAUAACAAAUACACAACAGUGCAAUUUACAGGAGAGGUUUUGAAAACGCCUGUCUCAUCGGAUAUGCUAGGUCGCAUCUUUAACGGCUCUGGAAAACCCAUUGAUAAUGGCCCUCCUAUUUUGCCUGAGGCAUAUCUAGAUAUUUCUGGGAGUUCUAUCAAUCCUAGUGAGAGGACUUACCCUGAAGAGAUGAUUCAGACUGGGAUAUCAACAAUUGAUGUCAUGAACUCCAUUGCUCGUGGACAGAAAAUUCCUCUUUUCUCUGCUGCUGGUCUUCCUCAUAAUGAGAUAGCUGCUCAAAUCUGUCGUCAGGCGGGCCUCGUAAAACGAUUGGAAAAGUCUGAUAAUCUCCUUGAUGAUCACCAAGAAGAAGACAAUUUUGCCAUCGUGUUUGCUGCUAUGGGGGUGAAUAUGGAGACGGCUCAAUUUUUUAAGAGGGAUUUCGAGGAAAAUGGAUCUAUGGAGAGAGUGACCCUUUUCUUGAACCUGGCAAACGACCCCACAAUUGAACGAAUCAUCACACCUCGAAUUGCCCUCACAACUGCGGAGUAUUUGGCUUAUGAAUGUGGGAAACAUGUUCUGGUUAUAUUGACAGAUAUGAGUUCUUAUGCUGAUGCUCUUCGUGAGGUGUCUGCCGCUCGUGAAGAAGUCCCUGGAAGGCGUGGAUAUCCUGGUUAUAUGUAUACUGAUCUGGCCACAAUUUAUGAACGAGCGGGGCGUAUAGAAGGAAGAAAAGGCUCCAUCACCCAGAUUCCUAUUUUGACCAUGCCUAAUGAUGAUAUUACCCACCCUACACCUGAUCUUACUGGUUAUAUUACUGAAGGACAGAUUUACAUUGAUAGACAGCUCUACAAUAGACAGAUAUACCCACCAAUUAAUGUACUCCCUUCACUUUCUCGAUUAAUGAAGAGUGCUAUUGGAGAGGGGAUGACUCGUAAAGAUCACGCUGAUGUGUCCAACCAGCUCUAUGCAAAUUACGCUAUUGGAAAAGAUGUUCAAGCAAUGAAAGCCGUGGUUGGAGAGGAAGCACUUUCUUCUGAGGAUCUGCUUUAUCUGGAGUUCCUGGACAAAUUCGAGAGGAAGUUCGUCACACAAGGUGCAUACGAUACUCGCAACAUCUUCCAGUCACUUGAUCUAGCAUGGACCCUGCUUCGUAUCUUUCCUCGUGAACUUCUCCAUCGUAUACCUGCGAAGACACUUGAUGCAUUCUACAGUCGUGAAGCUUGAAUGCAACAAGCCCAGCCAAUAAAAGAACUUGAAUUUGCUGCACUGCCUCAUCCCGGAGCUCAGUCUUGGUGAAUGGCUUCUUUACUAACUACUGCAAUGCACAAGAUAUGUUUCAUUCAAGUUUCAUGCCCUGUGAUUAUUUUAGAUAUUUAAGUAUUAUUUAUUUUGAGAAAGCCAUAAGAUUUUCCUAGAACAUUAUUUUCAGGUCGAUAUUUUGUCAUUCAAACCUAUUGUUAAGACUUGAAUUGCUAAGAAAAAAGACUCGAGUUGGUUUAA